ACCGUGCGGAUCAAUAGCCAAGCACCAAACAUGGCAACGGCACGGAGACUGUCUUCAGAUCUGCCGGGACGAACAGAACAGAGCCGGCUCCCCGAUUCGGAAUCCGACUCGGAUCCGGCGGAGGAGGAGGAGGAGGAGGACCAGACUCCGGCGGCCGCGCCGGGUACCGGGCCGUACGCGGGGUCCCGCCGCCGCAGCCAGGUCAUCCACAGCGGCCACUUCAUGGUGUCCUCCCCCCACAGCGACUCGGCCCCGCGCAGGAGGAGCGGCGCGGCCCCGGGGUACGACUUCGACACGGUCAACAGGACGUGGUGCCACACGUACCGCUUCGGCCCGCUCAGCUCGGGGAGCCUGAGCAUCGACCCCACUCUCACCCGGCUGUUUGAGUGCAUGUCGCUGGCCUACAGUGGUAAGAUUGUCUCCCCAAAGUGGAAAUCUUUCAAAGGCCUGCGGCUGCUGUGGCGGGAUAAGAUUCGUCUGAACAACGCGAUCUGGAGGGCUUGGUUCAUACAGUAUGUGGAGAAGAGGAGGAACCCGGCGUGCGGCUUCGUCACCCCGCUGGAAGGCUCCGAGGCCGACGCGCACCGCAAGCCUGAGGCCAUCGUGUUGGAGGGCAGCUACUGGAAGCGCAGGAUCGAGGUGGUGAUCAAGGAAUACCACAAGUGGAGGAUCUACUACAAGAAGAGGCUGCAGAAAAACAAGGAUGACCUCCUAUCGCUGCUGCAGCAGGGUCCGAUCUGCCAGGCCAAGCUGGAGAAAUGGUCCAGUCAGAUGUGUCGGGAACCUGAGAGCACACCCGAGGAGGUCCACAUGUUCGACUUGGACUGCUUUCUGUCCAACAUCUCUGACACCCUCUUCACCAUGACCCAAAAGCCCUAUCCGUGGACCGGCGACCGACACAACACCUACACCAGUAAUGCUGAUAUGAUCCAGCCGGGCCUGACUCCCCUGCAGCCUAACCUGGAUGACUUCAUGGAUAUUCCAGACAUCUUCAUGAGUUACCGGGGCCAGCCCUCUGAGCAGACUGACUUCGCUGACUGUGGGUAUUUCGAGGGUUCGUCCAGUGCGGCGUUUGGUCCCGCUUGCGGCCCAGCGGUAACGACUGCCCAGCUGCUCGUCGACACCAGGCUGUCUCAGCCCGGCCUGUCGUCUGACGGUCUGUCUCAACCCUCCUCGUGCCACACCCCACCAGAGCGGGCCAGGCCGGGCCAGGACGGCAGCGAAUACCACCACCCCAGCAAGACGUCCACUUCUAUGCCCUACGGACAUCCAUCCUACCCCGAUCCGCCGCUCCCUUUAGCCGUCAGCAGCAUACGGCAGCCUGCCCCUGCAAGUGGUCCGUUUGCAUACCCACCGCCUUGUCACAAGUAUGGUUACUAUGCACCCACAAGCGUCAACGUGACCUCCACAGUGAUCACCCACACCGCCUCCUCCAUGGACCCCCUGGCAUCCGAGCCCCAGACUCACGGCUACCCCGCCGCAGAAGACAUGUACCCCCAGACUCUCUGCCCCUCUCUGAAUUACCUGACUGACCCGGCACCUGCAGACGUGCCCUCUGUCAGUAUGGCCCACUCUUUCUCGGUCCCUGACCCGUUGGGCGUCGUCAGCGUCAGGGAGAAACACAAGCAGAAGACAGCGGGAGUAAAAACGGUUGGCUCCUUCGUGGCUCGGUCCAGUCCGCCUCCCAUCGCCCCUCCGCCGACGAGCUGCCUUGCUAAGCUGCUCUCCUUCAGCGCCCAGGAACGUAAGCCAGCGCUGGGAUUUGACACAGCUUUGGGGGUAACCAAGGGGCCGAGACCAACAUCAUCCAAGUCCUCCCAGUCGGACAGCAGCGUGCAUGCCGGAGGUCCGCCGUCCCAGCCGCAGGACCCUGGACCGAGCUGGCCUGUGAGGAGCCCGCUGUCCGCGCCGCUGCCCGGCUGGAGCUCCUCGCUGGCGCACGCCGGAGCCCACGGCGGCGCCUCGGCCGUGUGCGCCCUGCUCACCCGCGGCCCCGAACACACCGGGAAGACCCUCCUCGUCCCCAAGACCGAGAAGCUAUCUCCUGUUCAGACCUACGGCGCGGAGAGGACCGCCUCAACAUUUAGUUUCUCAGGACAUUCGGGCCGAACGUCACCAACAAACCCGCUGGAGAAACUGUCCAACCCCGAGUCCCCACACUCCUUUGCUGGACCUGGAAGAACCGAACCAAACAAGCAAACCGAAACCAGGAGGAUAACUCACAUCUCGGCCGAGCAGAAGCGGCGUUUCAACAUCAAGCUGGGAUUCGACACUUUGCAUAACCUUGUCACCACCCUCAGCUCCCAGCCAAGCAUUAAGAUCAGCAAGGCCACCACUCUGCAGAAGACUGCCGAGUACAUCGGUAAGAUGCAGCAGGAGAGGGCCCAGCUGCAAGAAGAGACUCAGAGACUCCGAGAGGAGAUCCAGCUUCUCAACUCCGCCAUCAACGUGUGCCAACAGCAGCUACCCGCCACCGGCGUGCCCAUCACGCGCCAGCGCUUUGACCUCAUGAGGGAGAAGUUCAGAGAAUACGUCCGGGCACAGACGCUGCAGAACUGGAAGUUCUGGAUUUUCAGCAUCAUCAUCGAGCCCCUUUUCGAGUCCUACAACGGGAUGGUGUCCACAACCAGCGUGGAGGACCUGUGUCGGUCUACGCUGUCCUGGCUCGACCAGCACUGCUCCUUGCUCACUCUCAGACCCAUGGUGUUGAGCUCACUCCGUCUCCUGAGUACAUCCACCGCCAUCCUAACGGACCCCAGCCUGCUGCCAGAACAGGCGGCCCUCGCGGUCACCCAGGGUUACCCCGCCGCUAACCCGGACCACUCCGCACAGCCAGCCACCCAGGACAGGGCGCACCUUCUCUGACCGGGAAGAACACGCUUUUGGAGACGUCACUCGAACCCGCCGGCCGGGACCGCGAGGCAGCGGAGGCCGUGUGGCGGAAACUGGACUUGAUGCUCGCCUCCAGAGGUGGAGUACUGCUCAGCGGGGGGGGGGGGGGGGGGGACAAUCCCGCCGGAGUAAACCUCACCGAGUCCCCGAUGAAUGUACCCCAGUUAGACCUGCACCUGACGAUGACAGAAGCUAUGUGCUCUGACUACACUCGUGUCAUGUUUGUAACGCACACUUCACACCCGGCCGUGUAUUUCUUAUGUAUGUGUUGGAGGAGACGUUCAGGCAAACACGUGGAAGGGGUCAAAGGUCAGGCCACGUGCAUGGAAGAGUUUUAUUUUCUUUUGAAAUGACAUGACAACAGUUGUCAAAAGAAUCUCAAUCACAGAAAGGAUCCCCCCCCUCCCCCCCCAAUUGUAUCCGGCCAAUUACCCCACUCUUCUGAGCCGUCCCGGUCGCUGCUCCACCCCCUCUGCCGCUCCACCCCCUCUGCCGAUCCGGGGAGGUGCUGCAGACUACCACAUGCCUCCUCCCAUACAUGUGGAGUCGCCAGCCACUUCUUUUCACCUGACAGUGAGGAGUUUCACCAGGGGGGACGUAGCGCGUGGGAGGAUCACGUUAUUCCCCUCCAGUCCCCCCUGCGAACAGGUGCCCCGACCGACCAGAGGAGGCGCUAGUGCAGCGACCAGGACACAUACCCACAUCCGGCUUCCCACCCGCAGACACGGCCAGUUGUGUCUGUUGGGACGCCUGACCAAGGCGGAGGCAACACGGGGAUUCGAACCGGCGAUGCCCCGUGUUGCUAGGCAACGGAAUAGUCCACUACGCUACCCGGACGUCCCUAAUCCCUAGAAAUGGCGAUCUUUGGGCCUGUGAUUCAUGCGCCAUUGUAUGAGUUGUCGGCACGCUUCCACGUUGUGUGUGACUCGUGUAUCCGAGGCCGUUGUUGAAUUACUCAAGUCCUCCUUCUGCCGCCACGCUCGCACCACGGCGAUCAUCAGGCAGGCGUUAAAAAACACCAGGCAGCUCUCGGUGGUCACGAGGGGUGUCCUGAGGCCUGGCCACCCGUGUUGCCGCCCCACCGUCUAAAGACGUGGAUUUCGCGGUCGUGGUCAGGUCGCGCGACGAGAAGCACGCCACGAUAACUCAACUGGUCUCAGAUCAGCAUACGUACAACGUUUACAAGAGACCUUACCGUGACGGGCCUCGAGCUUGUUCGCAGAUAUUUAAAUACCCACUCACGGGGCAGUAUGAAAAUUACCCCAACAGCUGUUCAAUAAUCAGGGAGACUCCAAAGAUGGCUGGCUAGAGCGUGGGCCCAGCGUCACGAGAGGGCAAAAGCCAGCAAUACCCCCCCUUCAGGUGAAAUUUGUGCCUUUGUGCCCCACAGCCAUUGCAUAUUUAUGUACAUGUAUUAAAAGAAAUAUCUGUCUCACCUCUUUUCGGGUGGUGUGUGUCUUCCUCAAGCUCGGGUCCUCCGGCAGAGGUCCGGGAGUUUGAGGGCCGUGUGCCGUAUCUUAGCUGUUCCUAGGACCCCCCUCUUCUGCACGGAGACCUCAGAUGUUGUUCCUGUAUCUGCUGGACCCACUGUCCCGGUUUGGGGGUCAUUCAGCCCCCUUGACAGUCAUCACUCGUUUCUGGAUUAUCCAAGAUACUCACACAUCUGGUCCUGAACAAUGUUAUUUUUGUGAAGCCACAAGCUCUAGCAGCAUGUUCCCAAAGCCCAAAUAAGUUAUGUUUCA